AUGGCUGCUGCAGCAGAGAAGGAACGGCUGCAAAGGGACGCCAAGGAUAUGUCCGAAGACGGGGCUUGCGUAGCUCUAGCAUCGAAGCGUGGCUCCAGCAAGGUGAUUUACCUUUCAGGGGCUCAGGAGCAGCGCCACGGAGUGAUGCUGCGAAAACCACUGGAGGGACAGCCACAGUGCCAGAAGUGCACUCACGAGCUCGGAAGAGAGCAUAUCGUAGAGCGCGACGGCGCGCUGAACAGCGCGGAGGCACGCGCUACCGAGGUGCGCAGUUUUAAUGCUGGGGGACUGACGGCCGAGAGCUACGACUACCUCUGCUACUGGUUGCAACAUAAAUGUCAGGACGAUAUAAUCAUCCUGCAGGAGUUGCACUGGGGAUGUGGCCGUUCCGACAGCUCUUGGGCCAUACCAGGCUGGACCUUCUACAUCACUGCGGACUCACAGCAGAGAUUCAGUGGGACAGGUGUUAUCCUCUCCAGCCGCUUGGCCAUGUCAGCAGCAGUGACGUACUGUACUUGGGUGCCAGGUAGACUCCUACAGGUUCGCUGUUGCAGUCCCAAAGUUACGCUUGACAUAGUGGCUGGCUAUCAGUGGACCAAUCUAUCGGAUGCUAGUACCAAGGAAAGGCGUAGUCACUUCUGGGGACAGCUUAGUCGAUUGCUGCACAGCAUACCACAGCGUAACAUGGUUGUCUUGGGCGCUGAUCUUAACACCAGAUGCGCUCCGAUACCUGGCCUCGUGGGACGCGGGGUCUUGCGCAGCGCACAGGGGCGUGACCCAGAGCUCGAGGACCGCAGCCAGAUCGACUUCCGGCGAUGCGUCGUGCCACGGCAAUCGCUCAAGCAGCAGGAUGCACGUGCGCAAGCGCUGCGGAGUGCAGUGCUAGACAUAUUCAGCUAUUUUGAGCAUGCGUUCGACUGCGACACCGACUUCGCCUUGCCACAAAGAGAGGUUGUGCACUUUACUGAGAAUGAGCUCAUACAGGCCAUUACCCAGCUCAAAGGUGGCAAGGCAGUGCCGCGUGCACUUCGCAGAGCCGGUGCCACUGAGCCAUUGGUGCAGGCCAUAUUGGUGCUGCACGAACAAUGUGUUAGACAGGGGUGCACCCUCAGCCCAUUUCUUUUUGCCUUGUUCACCUGCCUAGUGUACGACACAUUGGCAGAGCGCACCAAUGCGGCCUGGGCAUCCUAUGCGCUCACCCUUUUUGCCGAUGACACGUGGCUCAGAGAACACAAGUAUGUUGGCCCCAACGGACCCCGGCGCAUAUCUACCUCGAAUCCACUGUGUGCAGAGAGCUGUGCAUGGCUCAGCAAGCUGCACGAUGAAAUCAUGACUUUGCGUAGUGCUUGCGACCACGCCGAAUUUACGACUGUCAUGCGCACACACCAGGCCAAGCAGCACGGUCGUGUUGCACAGAAGAGGACUAGCACCGCGAGUGGAGGCACCACCGCAUGGACGGAACAGGUCCCCGACCUGCGGGCUAUCCGCAAUCCUCAGUUUAACCAGGUCCUGCGUGAGCACUGUGUUGUGUGUGGGCAGUGGGGCAAUCGCUUGAAGCAACACAUUCGCCGCAUGCAUCCGGAGAUCUGGGCCCUGAAGACACAGGCUGAGACCCAAAGUCGGAGCCUUGGGUUGCUAGUUGCCAACCCCUGCCACUACUGUGCACAGCCGGCCAAGCAGGAGUGCGGGAGCAUGAGCGCCAUGCAGACGGAGAACGAGGAGGCGCUCCAGACUCGCCGCGACCUGGAGGCAGUCUUGGGGAAGAAAUCGCCAGCACAGUUGGCAACGGACAAGGAGCCAGAACAGGCGGCUCAUCCUGGAGUGGAGGGGCGGGAUGGCGGUGCCGAUCAGGACUACUAG